AUGUCGAAGAAGAAUAUUGUUUUAAAAAGCUCAGAUGCCAUGAUCUUUGAGGUUGAAGAAGUGGUGGCCCUACAGUCGGAGACCAUAGCCUACAUGAUUGAAGAAGACUGUGCCAGUAACACAAUCCCUCUUGCCAACGUUACAGGCAAUAUCCUCGCUUUGGUGAUCGAGUAUUGGAAGAAACAUGUCAUCAUCGCCGAUGGUGAUGGUGGUGGUUCGUCUUCUUCCUCCCAGGAGGAUCUCAAGAGUUGGGAUGCUCAGUUUAUGAAUGAUCUCGACGAGCAAAAGAUUUUUAAUCUUAUGUUGGCUGCUCAUUUCCUCAACAUCAAAACCCUUGUUGAUCUCACUUGUCAGUUUGUCGUUGAUACGAUGAUCAAAUGUAAAACUGUUGAGGAGAUUCGUAGGAAUUUAAACAUCGAGAAAGACUACACAUCCGAGGAAGAAGCAGAGCUUCGCCGAGAAAACGAAUGGGCUUUUAAAUGA